AUGAAACUUAAUCCGGCCAAAUGCUCAUUCGGUGUAAGCUCCGGUCAAUUCCUGGGACAUGUGGUCAAUCAUCGAGGAAUUGAGGUCAGCCCAGCACAGGCAGAAGCCUUGAUCAGCAAUGCAGAGCCAAAGACAAUUAAAGAGGUGCAGGCACUCACAGGCAAGAUAGCCGCACUAAGCCGAUUUAUUUCCAAGCUUUCGAACCGCUAUAAACCUUUCUUUGAUACAAUACGAGGGCAUGGAAGACAAACCUGGGGGGAUGAGCAACGGCAGGCACUAACCAGCCUGAAGGAGUACAUGUGUAAUCCUCCGGUUCUGUCUGCUCCAGAACCGAAUGAGAAACUUUUUCUAUAUCUCGAGGUGUCCAGUUUAGCAACCAGUGCCGUUCUAAUCCGUUGCAAAGAGGGCAAGCAGUUCCUGGUGUUUUAUGUUAGCAAGACGAUGUCUGAACCGGAGAGAAGGUACUCUAGGGCCGAACGAAUGAUCUUGUCGCUGGUCAACGCAAAAAGGAAGCUUAGACACUAUUUUGAAUCUCAUCCAAUCGUCGUUUUAAAAACUUUCCCUUUGAGAAUGAUCCUGCACAAACUGGACCUGUCGGGGAGAAUGACCAAGUGGGCCAUUGAAUUGAGUUCAUUUGAUAUCGCGUACGAGCCCAAGUUGGCAAUCAAAGGUCAAGCGGUGGCGGAUUUCCUACUUGACUGUGAUGCUGAAGAUACGGUGGAGGAUUGUAAUUGUUCCUGGUGGAAGCUUUUCGUGGACGGCUCCUCGAAUCAAAUGGGGGCCGGAAUUGGAAUUCAAUUGCAAACACCAGAAGGGACCACGCUGAGCCAAGCGAUAAGACUAGAGUUCAGCGCGACCAACAAUGAGGCAGAAUACGAGGCGUUGAUAGCUGGGCUGAAGUUGGCUAAAGAAUUGAAGAUCAAGAAUCUAAUGGCUUAUAGAAAUUCACAACUAGUCAUUCGACAAGUCAAUGGGGACUAUGGGGCCAAGGAUAAGACUAUGGAAGCAUACCGAACUACGGUUCUGCGUGAGGCGAAAGCCUUUGAUCAGAUUAGGUUUAUCCAAUUGCCGAGAGAGUAUAACGAAGAUGCUGACCGCUUGGCUUGUAGUGUAUCCAGUUUUGGAGAUACUUUAGCUAGGGUCAUCCCGAUCGACAUAUUGAUCCAACCUUCCAUUUUUGAAGAACUGCCUAAUCCGAGCACUCAACAUGUUAAUGUUAUACCAUAUGAGCCGAGCUGGAUUGAUCCAAUCAUAGCUUACAUACGUAGUGGUACACUCCCCGAGCGUAAGGACGAGGCAAGAAGAAUUAGGUCCAGCGCAGCAAAGUAUGCCAUUGUGCACGAUCAGUUAUAUAGACGCUCCUUCUCGGGUCCAUAUUUGAAGUGUGCUACCCCUACAGAAGCUAGACAGAUUAUGCGAACCAUUCAUGAGGGAGUAUGCGGAAAUCACUCCGGAGGAAGAUCUUUAGCACACAAAGCAAUGACACAGGGGUACUUCUGGCCACACAUGGCACGAGAUGCAGAAGAAUUCUCUAGAAGAUGCGAUAAAUGCCAGAGGUUCGGGUCAUUGAUACAUCAACCACCUGAAGACCUGCACGUAAUGGCCACCCCAUGGCCUUUCGCGCAGUGGGGGAUGGACGUGGUUGGCCCUUUGCCGACUGCAAGAUCGCAAAAUAAGUACGUUCUGCUAGCUACUGAUUACUUCACCAAAUGGGUAGAAGCAGAGCCGUACCCUAGUGUCACCCAAACUCAAGUAAGACACUUCAUCUGGAAUAAUAUUAUCUGUCGUUUUGGCGUACCAAGGUCAAUCGUGAUGGACAAUGGAACCAACCUCAAUAGCAAGCAAGUGAGAGAGCUGCUAGAGGAAUAUGGAAUCAAUCAGAAGUUAGCAGCAGUCAGUCAUCCCCAGGCUAAUGGUCAAGCCAAAAUCACGAACAGGACAAUAUUUGCUUGUAUCAAGAAAAAGCUGGAGAAUGAAAAAGGCAAAUGGUUAGAUGAGCUACCGAACGUCUUGUGGGCUUACAGAACAACCCCAAGACAGCCAACUGGAGAGAGCCCAUUCGCUAUGGCCUAUGGCACCGAGGCGGUGAUACCAGUCGAGCAUUUGGUUCCAACUGUAAGGAGUUUGGCGUGGGAUCAAGAGCAAAAUGAUAGAAUGCUGAGGUUCAAUCUUGAUUUGUUGGAAGAAAAAAGGGAUGUGGCUGCAGUGAGGCUUGGCUCUUAUCAACAGACGCUUGUGAAUAGCCAUAACAAGAAGGUGAGGCACAAGGGUUUUGCUCUUGGCGAUCUGGUUCUGAAAAGGAAGGUGGGAAUAGUCAAAAAAAUGUUCUCCCUAUGGGAAGGUCCGUACAGAAUAGCAGAAGUCAUAGGGAAGGGGGCAUACAUCCUAGAAACGAUGACAGGAAGGGUAGUCAAUAAGCCAUGGAAUGCUACGUCUCUGAAAAGGUACUACCAGUAA